UAUUGUACAGCUCGAAAUGGAAAGGGAAAAGAAAUCCCUAAUUCCUCGCUCCCGAUUUCGUAUCCAAAUCUCAUCAUCUUCUUCUUCAAUCUCUGAGAUCCAAUCCUAUCUCUAAUGGGUCGCUUCCUUUUGUGAUGAGCUCCCCGUUGUCAGUAUAAAGCUCCCUCCUUUGUUACCCAGCUGCAUUGUGUUCACGCAUUCGGCGCUUCUGCUUCCUUCUCUCUGAUCACCGCCUGAAACACCCGGAGGAAGGCGAUCGGCGUGGUGACCUUAGUUAAAGCAGGAGCCUUUCGUGUUUUUUCUCUGCUUUGUUUCGGCUUAUAGAAGUGACCCCGCGAGUCUUAUUGGCGAUCGGCGGCUUUGGGAUCGAGUUUUAGGUAUCAAGUUGCUGACAUUAGCUCCCGGAAGAUAUUGAUGGACGCGUAUUCGCAUUCUCUUGAGUCGGAUUCUGAUGACUGCGACAGUUUCGGUAACAGGCUCGGGAAUAAUCUCGAUAAAGUCUUAAAAAUUCGAGAUGUUCAUGGAAAGCGGUGGGUCUCCGAUGAGGAUGAUGAUAGCGAGGAUGAGGUUAUAAAUGCCUUUGGAAGGCACCGAAAGAUGUUUGAUGAUUCAUCUACUGAUGAAGAGGCUGGGGAAGCAGAGCUUUCAAGGGAAUCUCUGAGGAAGGUCUAUGAGCUCGCAAUGGCCCUGCCUAGUCCUGCAAACCUCGUAUCAGCCAUGAAAGGCAGCCGUGAAAGGGCGGAACAAUCUCAGAAGAAUUUAACAGUGACAUGGGCUCCUGAUGUGUAUGAUCCGCCUCCCACACAGUUAGAGUUAAUCCUAAGUAGAGGCACAAAGCAGCAAAAGUUGCCCAAGAAAGAAAAGAAAUCUGGAAAGAAAGCUCAGAAAGGUAAAGACUUCUCGCGAGGGGGUAGCAGUGGUAAGGAAUCCUCACGUGGCAGCAGCAGGGACAAGACGAAGAAACAACAUCGUGGGUUUAGUGGAGGUUCCAGGCGUUACAACAUGUUUGCUGAUGGUGAUGAUGACGACAUGGAGAGCUUCAGUUCUGGUGUUCCUGACUCUGCCUUCGAGAGCAAGAAGGAUUCUUCUCGCUGGGGUGGUAGAGACAAGAAGAAGCAGACCUGUGGGAUGGGUGGGAACUUCAGGCGAUAUGACUUGCCUCCAAGUGAUGAUGACGACGACGAUGAAGAACAGGAGGUCAAGGCUGGGAAAGUAGAAGCUGGUAGUCCCGACUCACACUGUGGCAGCAGCUUCCUCAAAGGCUCUCUCAAGGAGUUGCACCAUUCGGUUGCAAAGGCAUUAUGAGGUGCCUAAGCCGGAUAUCUCAUCUGGGUCUCUCCUUUCACCUUGGAGAUGGGGUACAUAGUCUAAAUAAUAACCGGACUCGGGAGACCCAGACUUACGGAUACACGCCUACUUCUGUAGUUGACUCAGUUUUACUCAGUUUACUCUAUCUUGUGAAAUUCGUGCAUGACAUACACAAAGUUUAAUGUGAACAGGAUACUUUGAUGUUUAGUGGUUGAUUUAACAGCAACCUAAGUUUUGAUGCUUAAAAUUUGGUUAAUUUUCUGGCUUA